CGCCAGACUAUUGUUUACGUUGAAUGUAAAAAUUUGAUUUAAUAAAAAUUAAAAUAAAUAGUAUUUUAAUUAAUUUUAAUAUGGAUUCUGAAGUAAAUGAAAAAUUAAGGCAAUUGUGGAAUAUUCUCAAUGAAAGUGUAAGAAGUGAUGUAAGAGACAAGUGGUGGCAAAGCAUCCAAAAUGAAUAUAAAGUCAAUAUUUUGAGAAAACAUUACGAUUUAAAACACAUCGCAAAUAUGUUUAUCCAUUUGGAUGAAUACCAGAAAAAUAUAAAAUCAGCUAAAUGUGUAUCAUAUGCUAUAUUUUUUAAAAAUUUGAGUUAUGAUCCAAAAUCGGUUGACAACGAAGAGAAAAGCAUUGAAUUGUUCAAACAAUUUGCCGAAGAAGCAGAUCUUAAUUUGAAUAAUACUAUUUAUAAUGAAGUGAUUGAAUUAAUUAUAUUAACAAAAACUCAUUUAACUGAAGAACAUAAAAGUGAGACAAUCUUUGGAAAUGAAGACAAACAUUAUUUCUUAGACUUUGAUUUAAGUUAUUUGGGAUCUAAUCCUGAAUCCUAUACAGGAUAUGCAUUGAAGAUAAGAGAUGAAUACAAUUUCAUGGAUGAAACUACUUAUAAAACAAUUCGUGCAAAAGUUUUAAAAUCAUUAUUAAUGAUUCCUAAGAUAUUUGCCACUAAAGAGUUUUAUGAUAAAUAUGAAAGUGUGGCCCGAAAUAACAUUAAAUGUGAAAUUGAAAUACUUGAAGAAUAA